ACCAGCACAGUCCAGAAUGGAAUCGUCCAAGUGUGGCUUAAACUAGAGCACAGUCAAUCUAUGGUAGUUUCAUUCAAGGUUGUUAACGCAGAAGACUCGAGUUAAAAGAUAAUCCGUUAAAUGAUAAUUUAUAUGGGCUGUGAAUUACUAAAUUUCAAGAACCAUGGAUGAUCUCAGCGAUUCUAGUAGUAGAACUAAUAGUUUAGAUGAUCUUAAGAAAGACGAUAAGAUGAAAGAAAGAGAAAAUUGGGGAGGAAAGUUGGAUUUUAUUCUGACUUGUAUCGGAUAUGCCGUUGGUCUGGGUAACAUCUGGAGAUUUCCGUAUCUUUGUUACAAAAGUGGAGGAGGUGCCUUUUUCAUCCCAUACAUUAUAUUUUUGGUGGUAUGUGGUGUUCCACUCUUUUUUAUGGAAGUGUCCUAUGGUCAGUUUUCCAGCUUAAGUCCAAUUUCUGCUUGGCGGAUGAGUCCAUUAUUCAAAGGUGUUGGUAUAGGCAUGGUGAUGGUGUCUACUAUAGUAUGUGUCUACUAUAAUGUUAUUAUAGCUUGGACGUUGUAUUAUUUAGUCGUGUCCUUCCAGGCUGUUUUACCGUGGAGUAACUGUAAUAAUGAAUGGAAUACAGAUUUGUGUAUUGAUGAACAAAGAUCGAAAUAUUUUGCAGAAUUGUCUAAUUAUACGUAUGAUGAAAUGGCUAACAGUAGUUUAUUCAAUAAUUCAAUAUAUUUUACAUUAAAUAAUACGUUACGUACCCCAGGAAACAAGACGGCUAGUGAAGAAUAUUGGGAGCGUAAUGUAUUAGAGCUUAGUGAUGGAAUAGAUAAUCCUGGAUCAAUGAGAUGGCAGCUAUUAGUAGCUCUACUUGCUUCCUGGGUUCUUGUGUUUCUCUGUCUGUUUAAGGGUGUCAAGAUAUUGGGAAAAAUUAUGCACUUUGCUGCUCCCUUCCCAUAUUUGGUAUUAUUGGUUUUAUUGAUAAGAGGCGUGACCUUACCAGGAGCGUUAGAAGGCAUCAAGUUCUAUAUUAUUCCAAGAUGGGAAAAACUCGCCAGUUUUCAGGUUUGGGGUGAUGCAGCUUUACAGAUAUUUUAUUCUGUUGGUGUGGCAUGGGGUGGUAUUGUCACAAUGGCUAGUUAUAAUAAGUUUGAUCACAAUGUUUAUAGAGAUUCUAUGAUGGUACCGUUUAUUAAUUGUGGAACUAGUAUUUUUGCUGGUUUUGUGAUUUUCUCAGUUUUGGGUUUCAUGGCCCAUGAAGCUGGUGUAGAUGUUGGUGAUGUGGUCACUGAAGGACCUGGUCUUACCUUCGUAGCCUAUCCAGAGGCUAUAGCAAAACUGCCUAUAAGUCCAUUAUGGGCGGUUUUGUUCUUUCUGAUGUUACUGACGAUUGGCCUUGAUAGCAUGUUUGGAAUGUUUGAGACAUUUUUGUCUGGUGCCAUGGAUGAAUUUCCAGAACUGUUGAGAAAUAAGAAACUGAUCGUAACUGCUGUUGCCUGCUUUAUAGAGUUUGUAUUGGGAUUGCCUUGUAUCAGUCAAGGAGGUAUCUACGUUCUACAAAUCAUGGAUUGGUAUUGUGCUAGUUUCUCUCUCAUGUUGAUCUCCUUAGCUGAAUGUCUCGUUGUUUCCUGGGUUUAUGGUGCUGAUAGAUUUAUGAAAGACAUAGAACUUAUGAUUGGGUAUCAACCUCAUCGUAUCUGGGUAUAUAGUUGGAAAUACACAACUCCUGCUGUUAUUGUUUUCAUCUGGUUAUUCAGUGUAAUUACGUUAGGACCCGUAAAAUAUGGUGAUUAUGAGUAUCCACAAUGGGCUGUAUUAUGUGGUUGGUUACUAGGUGUAUGUUCUAUCGUGCCUAUACCAUUAUGUAUGGUCUUACAAGUCUAUCGAGAAGAAGGUCCCAUCAUUGAGAGAUUCAAAAAGUUGAUGAAACCAGCUCACAAUUGGGGACCAGCUUUACCAGAAAAUCGUGCCAGAUAUCUGUUGUCACUAGGUGUAGUUGAUCCAGAAUCUGCGGAUGCCAUGAUAGUGAAAGAAAAAAAUGGACAAAUGGAAGAAUUAGUGGAUAUGAGUUCAAAACAGAACUCAAGUUAUACGCCCAUCUUAACCAAAGAAGAGAAACAUUGAAAAAAAUUCUGAAAUUAUUUUAGUAGGCAUUUUAAAAUUCAAUUUUAAUUUUUUGGGCACAAUAACUUUUAUGAAAAUUUUGUGACAAAAGAAUUAUCAUGAUAUCAUCGACAUCGGGUAUUUGUAUGUUAAGAUCUGUAUUUUAGAAAAUAUAAAAAUUAUCAGAAUAUAGGUUGUAAGUUUUAUUCCAGAUGUUUGUGACAUUAAUUUUAUUCAAAAUUAUCAUGAUGUAUAUCAUUAAUAUUGGGUAUUUAUUUGUAUAGGUUGUUGGUUCAAGUCUAACAAAAGAAAAUUCUAUUAAAAAAAUAAAUUAACCUGUAUCAUCAGCAAUUGAAAUUUUAUUUAAUUAUCUUCCAAAUGAUUAAGAAUACAUUUUCAAUUUUGUUUUCGUUGUAGGAUGUAUAGAAAGUUAGUAUAGUUUACAAAUGGACUGAUGUAUUUUCUAUUGCAAGUCUCAGAGGUCCAGUAGACUAUAUAUUGUACUAUUAUUAGAUUUGGUUGUGAUCUGAAAAUAUUUUUUAUAUCUUUCCGAAGCAAAACACUGACAAUAUUUGCCAAAAUUCUAUUUUGUAUAAAAGAUAAUUUGAAUGUUCAUGUGCCAUUGUUUGUAAAUAUAGUUGAAUUUCGUGAAAUAAUAUCAAGUUUCCAUACACAAUUUAUCAUUUAGCACUCUGAUGCAAAAUAAAGAUCCUUUGCCUUGAAGUCAGGCAGUUAUUUUCAAUGCAAUUUUUGAAUCCUCAACCUCAGUAUAGCCGAGUAUAUUAUAUAUAUAAAAUAUAUAUUUGUAAUGUGUGUACUUCCCCAAUUACUUAGAAAUUAUUUAUUGGCAACUUUUACAUGAUUGUAAAGUUCAUUUGUGACAUUUUUAAACACCCGAGAUUGAUCCUAAUUUGAUGUAUACUUAGAUUUAUUAAUUACCAAAUUAUAAUGAAUUAAGGGCAGAUAAUUUGGAAAAAUUGAAUCAAAAUAACCAACAAUUAACAUGAUAAUUAAUGAAAUUAAAUGUUUGAUCUAUAUAUUUAUUUUGUGUUGAUCUGAGGUCUAGAAGAAAUUCUCAUCAUUUCUCACACAGUCACUUUGCCAUGUUACUCGAAUGUAAUUACUUCAUUUCAUUGUCAAUACCCUGUGGAAUUCUUUUGGUCGCAAAGCAUGUUGUCCAUAUUUGGAACAGUUUAGGACAAGGUCCAAAGAAUUGUGUCUGUGUAACUCAAUGUAUUUAUCAGGUUUUCUACAUAAUUAUCAAUACAAUAUGCAUUUAUUUUACUUCUUUGAUUUGUCAUUAUUUAAACUUAUACUUAGUUAUGAUGAUGGCUGUCAAAGUCUCUGUCAUUUGUAGGAUUUUUAUAUGCCUACAUUUUAAUGUAGUGUUUUGAUAAUUUGAUAAAUUGACAACUUGUCAACAUUCAACAUUAUAGGUUGAAAAGAAACCAGCACCACCUAUUAUCUUUACAAAAAAAUCUUUUGAUAGUUUUCUUUUUAAUCCGAUUGAAUCCAAGUUAGAGAUUAUAUAUUGUUUUUUUUAAUUAGAUGUUAAAAAAUCAGUAUGAGUACUUUUGUUUAGCACAUAAAAAGCAAUACAGAUGAUAAUUAGUGACUUUCUUUUAGAUCCAAAUAUCAGAAUGCUUCUAGAAAAUUAGAAAUAUAUUUAUACCCAUAUCCUACUUAUUUCACAGCUGAAUAUCGAAUAGCUCUCCCACAAAGAGUCACACCACCGCUAUUUGUGUGUGCAUGUAGUCAUUUAGUCCAUAACUGUAAAUUUUAAUAUAGUCCAUAUGAGUAAGUUUUAUAUAUGACACCUCUGUAUUGUUUGCUUGUUAUUUUAAGUCAUUGUUAUAUUAUUUAGAUAAUAUGUUAUUUUUUUUGUUUGUGUUAUGAUUAUAUGUUAAUUUUUAAUACUAUUGUAAAUAUAGGAAGGCUUUAAAAGCUCAAAUUCGUGUUCUUUUGCUUCAUUUACCUUAUGCAUCCUGAUUUGAUGAACAACUUGUCCAUUUCUUUACAUUAUCAAUGUUAACAAGGUAAAGUCAAAGUCUUAAAAUAUAUCAUAUUCAGCUUCAUUAAGUGAAUUCUGAAAAAAAAAAAAGAAUAUUAUCAUACAAUAAGAAGUUUCAUUCUCAAAAUACACUAGUUUCAAUAUUUGAUUGGUUAAAAUGCUUAACAUCUGCAAAAGUUUUACUCAAUUUCCUAAAUUUAAACCCUACUGUACACACAAGUGCCUCUUUUGUAGCAUACCAAAACUGUGGAGCUUUAAUCUAUAAACAUUUAAAAAAAAAAACAGAGGAGGUUAUAUCAGGGUUGCGAUUGCUUAAAGCUCCAAAUCGUUAUUAACUUUUGUGACUUAAGACUAGUAAUGGGCCCCACAUAUUCAUUAAACUUGCCUUUGUAUCAUUCCUUAAAUAUAUUUGUGUGCUUUUCAUCAUGGUUCUGUAAAUAUUUUCAUUAUUUUUACAGCAAAAGGAAUGCUAUUAAUAAAAAAACAUCCAAUCAGA